AAUAACAAUGUCACCAAAUACCAAUACGAAGAUUUGUUCUGGAUGCGAUGAAGAAAUAGCGGACAUCAAAGCUAUGAUGUUAUGUAAGUCAGGAGGAUGUCAAAAAGUCUUCUGCAACCUGUGUAUUCCAAUUAAACUAUCAAUGGCAGAAAAAAACGUCUGGUCAUGCCCAGAUUGCAAAGCCUUGUCAAAAAGAGGUGGCGAUAACACCUCCACCCCGGUUCGUACCCUGCAAUCUGAUAGUAAUGUCACUAUACGUAAUAAAAAUAAAACCUCACAGUCUAAACCGGGGUCGGGGCCCGAGCCGUCAAAACCGGCGGCUGAACCGCCAAAGCCACAGACACCUAAGAGAGAUCUCGGUGAUCUCGCCGAGCUUACAUCGGAGAUUAAACUGUUACGCUGUGACAUGUCAGAUCUGAAAAGCCAAAUAACUUCUGCACUAGACUCCCUGGCCAAGUGCCAGACCCGAAUGGACGAGAUAACCGGCAAGCUUACAGAUACGGAACGUCGGCUGCAGGCUUUGGAAGACCAGCAAUCCCAAAAUGUGCGAAUUAAAGCUACGUUACAGGACCUUGAAAACAAGUACAACAUUCAAGCACAAUUAGCUUUAAGAAACGAUGUAGAAAUCAUAGGAUGCCCAGAAAUUAAAAAUGAAAAUCUACAUCAUACUAUGAUGGCCAUAGCCACGAAGAUUGGUGCCAGUGUAUCGGACGUCGACAUAGACUACGUUUCAAGAGCAGGCCACAAGAGGAAACAAUCUAGCAAUGAGUUCAGUCAAUUACCACGACCUGUAAUUGUACGCUUUGCCCGCAGGAAGGUCCGUGAUGACUUUAUAGCGAAAUCUAAAAUCCGACGAAAUUUGGAUACUACAGAUAUUAUCACUGAAGGUACCCCACAGAAAAUAUACAUCAAUGAACGGCUAACUCGCGAAAACCGCCAGUUAUUUCGAAUCGCCAGGGAGCGGGCGGCCCAGGCAAAUUUCAAAUAUUGUUGGACACGAGGCGGAUUUAUCUAUGCACGAAAGCGAGAUGGAGCAGACGCCAUCAAUAUUAUUAAUCAAGACUGUAUUGACCGCGUUUUUGGAACUGAACACCAGCUUGGGUCUGCUUCUAAAGAUUUUCCUGAGGAGUAAUAGUUCCCUAA